AUGACCGGCGACACGACGGUGUCCCUCGCCGACUACCUCGCCGACGCGCCGCGGAACGCGGCGCGGCGCGCGGCGCAGGAGGCGGACUGGGACCUCAAGGGCGCCGAGGACGCGCGCCAGCUCUUGUACGAGCGCGAGGUCGCCUGGAAGUACGGCGCCCUGACGGCGCGGGCCAUCAACGCCUACUGGCGCGUCGACACUUUGUUGCGGGGCCAGGCGCAGGCGGGCAGCCCCCUCGCGGCCGUCCCGACGUGCCUCCUCGCGGCCGUCGCGGCCUGGGCCGAGGGCUCCGGCGCCGACGCCGUCGCCGCGGAGGCCGCGCGGCGGCGGGACGCUUUCCAGGCGCCCCGGGCGCGGGGCGUGCGGGUCUUCGCGCGCAUCCGCCCGGCCUACGACGCGAGCCGGCCCGAGGUCGUCGAGCGCGCGGAGGCGUCCGGCGUCGUCUUGCACGACGCGCGGCUCUCGCGGUCGAACCGGACGCUGCGCGUCCGCCACCACUACUUCGAGACGGACGGCGUCUUCGCGGGCGCCGCGCCCGUCGUCGCGGCCGUCGUCGACCCGCUCCUGGACCGCUUCCUCGUCCGGAAGCGGGACGCGGCGCUAUUAUUAUUUGGACAGACGGGCACGGGCAAGACGCACACGCUCCGCGAGGCGCUCGACCGCCUCGUGGACCGCCACGCGGGCCCCGUGGAGGUGCGGUUCCUCGAGCUCUCGGGCAAGAAGGACUGCCGCGACCUGCUCAACGACGGCGCGCCCGUGAAGCUGCUGAGCGACGCCGACGAGAAGAUCCACUUCGUGGGGGCGACGGUCCGCGCGGCGACGACCGCGGCCGAGCUCCGGGGCGCGCUCGAGGCGGGUUUACGACUCCGCGCCUCCGAGGAGACGGAGCGCAACGCCGCGAGCUCGCGGAGCCACGCCGUCGUCCAGGUGCUGGCGCCGGACGGCCGCGCGCUCACGCUCGUGGACCUCGCGGGCUCGGAGCGGAAAUGGGAGACGAUGGGCAUGCGGAGCCGCGCGCAGAACCGCGAGUCGGCGGACAUCAACCUGUCGCUCAUGGCGCUCAAGGACUGCUUCCGGGCGACGCACGACGGCGGGCGCGUGCCCUACCGGUCGUCGAGCCUCACGCGGGUGCUGCGGACGUGCUUCUUCGACGCGGAGGCCGUCCACCUCGUGGCGACGCUGAGCCCGUCGGCCGACGACCUCAUCCACUCCGUCUACAGCGUCGCGACGGCCUGCCUCAUGGCGCCGGGCCUCGGCGACGCGACGCGGUCCACGGUCGCGACGGAGCGCCCCGCCGCGGAGCUGUCCGCGGGCACCGGCGACCCGGCGCUCGAGCACCCGGCGCGCUGGUCCGCGGACACGACGCGGGCCUGGCUCCUCACGGCGGAGCGCGGCAAGUUCAACCACGUCGUGCUGCCCGCGGGGACCACCGCGGGGGACCUGCUCUCCGUCGACGCCGCGGGCCUCGGCGCGCUCUUCGCGGGGCAGGGCCGCGCCGCGCGCGACGGCCACGAGGGCGCCAUGUGGGUCGUCGGCGCCGACACGGACGCCGCCCUCGCCCGCGAGAUCACAAACGCCCUCAAGCGCGAGGCCUGCAAGUGGCGCCUCGACAUGCGCCUCGUCCUGGCGGCCCUCCUCCCCGCGGCGGCCCUCGCCGUCGAGGAGUACGUGGCCAUGGUGCCGGCGGCCGCGGACGUGUCCGCGACGUCGAAGCCCACCGUGGAGUGGCUGCAUUUAACGUACCCCGCCGACGUCUCCCGGGCCGGCGACGUGACCAUGGAGCUCGUGAAUGCCUCGGCGAACGACGCGGCCCGCGCCGUCCUCGGCAACUGGUCCCACCUCGACCUGUCGAUCGGCGGCGGCGGCGGCGCCAUGCUCUCGGCGAAGACCCUGGGCGACCAGAUGUUCGUCUUGGUGGAGGUGAAGGACGUCCCCGAGGGCGCGGGCGGCGGCUGCUGCGCGGACACGCUGCGCGUCUACGAGAAGGACGCGUCGGCGAAGGACCUGGACCUCGACGCGCUCCUCGCGGAGACCUUUGGCGCGAGCGUCGCCUGGGUCCACGCGACGCACACCUUCGACGCGUUCCUCGAAGAGAACAAGGCCGUGGUCCUCCUCCAAGUGCAGUACAGCGACGCGGACAUCGGCGGCGCCAAGGUCAACGCCAUCGUCAAGGUCGACGUGGCCGCGGGGACCGCGGUGGACACCAAGGACGGCGACGCCUACUGGUCCAUCGAAUCGAAGCUCGGCGCCGAGACGUACGACUACAACUCGACGGUCUACAAGAUGCAGUACGUCAACGAGAGCUUCGGCGCCGACUCCGAGGAGUGGCACGGCAACGGCAUCCUGAAGUUCGACGACGCGGCGGGGACGACGCUCCUCGCGCUCACGCACCGCUUCUACGAGGAGGCCUUCGUCGUCAAGGACCCCUGGACCUACGGCGCCGCCGACGGCGCCGACGCCAUCCUCCAGCGCUUCGGCACGUCGCCCUUCGCGUCGGGCGACGACAACGGCGACGCGCCGACCUAUCACCACUUCGGGCUGCCCGCGCACGCGCGCGAGUGGACGGGCGGCGUGCACAACGUCUGGUACACGGCGUCCUCGAAGACGACCUCCGGCGGCCUGCGGGGCAAGGAGUCCAUCACCAUGUUCAUCAACUCCAUCGACGGCCGCGCGGGGUCCUUCGUCUUCGAGUUCGAGCUCAAGCUGGCGCCGCAGGAGAACGCGACCGCCGUGUCCGACGCCGUCUUCGGCGGCGUGGCCUUCGCCUACGCCGAGUGCCACUUCAAGGCCCAGGCCAUGGGCGGCGCGCGCGUGCUCGGCGACGGCGUCUACCUCGUCGCGUCCGGCGGCGGCUCCGGCGCCGUCUUCCAGGUCAUCGACACCGCGAACUCGACGAACAGCAAGAUGGUCACCUACCCCGGCGACUCGGGCUCCGACACGAACCUCUACGACCCCUACACGCGCAUCGUCGUCGAUUGA